GGGCGUGAGUGUGACGUAAUUUCCGAUUAGACCAAAAUCGGUUGGGAAACAUGGCGGCCGUCAUCACUGUGCGGGCUCCAUUCGCUUUUAUGAGACGCCUGGUCUCUUUACGCCUGCACAAGCACUGCUGCUCGAAGGUCCAGGCGGCUUGCCUUGUAUACCAACCCCACUCAUAUUUCCUCAUUGCUGGACAACAGCAACGGUUCUUUCGCACUAGCUAUGUUGCAGCGAGGCCAGUUAUGCCGUUCAAGCUCUCAGAUAUUGGGGAGGGAAUUAUGGAGGUCACUGUUAAAGAAUGGUAUGUUAAAGAGGGUGACAAAGUCUCUCAGUUCGACAGCAUCUGUGAAGUCCAGAGUGACAAAGCAUCCGUCACCAUCACCAGCCGUUAUGAUGGAAUCAUUCGAAAACUCUACUAUGAUGUCGAUUCCAUUGCCCUUGUAGGCACACCUCUCGUUGACAUCGAAACGGACGCUGGUCAGGUGGGAGGUCCUCAGGAGGAUGUGGUGGAGACGCCAGCCAUGUCCCAUGAGGAACACACACACCAGGAGAUCAAAGGUCUCAAGACUCAUGCCACCCCUGCCGUCAGACGUUUAGCAAUGGAGAAUACUAUCAAACUAAGCGAAGUCGUCGGCACUGGAAAAGACGGGCGCAUUCUCAAAGAAGACAUCCUGAACUUCAUAGCCAGACAGACAGGGGCCAUCUUACCCCCAUCUCCCUUCCAGGAGAUUUGUCCUCCCCCUCCUGCGUCUGUAGCACCUUCAACUCCAGCUGCGAAACCCAGAGAGAAGACGACUCCACCUAGUGUACCUACUCCUGUGAUCCCUAAACCUGUAUUUACAGGCAAAGACCGCACUGAACCAAUAAAAGGCUUUCAGAAGGCGAUGGUUAGGACAAUGUCAGCAGCCCUGAAGAUCCCUCACUUCGGUUAUAAAGACGAAGUGGAUCUAAGCCAGUUGGUCCGGUUGCGCUCCGAGCUGAAGGGCCUGGCUGAGUCACGAGGAGUGAAGCUCAGCUACAUGCCGUUCUUCAUCAAGGCAGCGUCUCUCAGUCUCCUCCAUUUUCCCAUUCUUAACUCCUCUUUGGAUGAAAACUGCACAAAUAUCACCUAUAAGGCUGCUCAUAAUAUCGGACUGGCGAUGGACACCAAUCAAGGUCUUCUGGUUCCCAACGUAAAGAACGUACAGAUGCUCAGCGUCUUCGAACUCGCAGUGGAGCUCAACCGCCUGCAGACGUUGGGAUCGUCGGGACAGUUGGGGACUGUCGACCUCACGGGGGGAACGUUCACGCUCUCAAACAUUGGAUCGAUUGGAGGAACCUACGCAAAACCGGUCAUAUUACCGCCAGAGGUUGCUAUCGGUGCUCUUGGGAAGAUCCAGGUGCUGCCCCGGUUCAACCACAAGGACGAGGUAGUGAAAGCACACAUCAUGAACGUGAGCUGGUCCGCCGACCACCGAAUCAUCGACGGAGCCACCAUGUGUCGGUUCUCCAACAUGUGGAGAUCGUACCUGGAAAACCCCGCCACCAUGGUCCUGGAUCUAAAAUAGAAAGCACACUUUCUCCAAGCUCUUCUAGACAUAUGACUCCGUAUCCCGACACUAAAGAUUUUUUCGUUACUGGGGCACAGCUAUUUGAGCCAUUGGUCUCAUGACUGUUGCACAUAAAGAACAUUUCAACAAUGUCAUGAAGCUAAUAGCUUACUGGUGUUUUGUUGUUUUUCUUGUGAUUCUCUCCUCUUGUUGCCUUACUUAUUAAAGAUGUUACAUCUACCAGAACGUAUUGUUGAAUGUUAGAGAAUAUGAACUUAAUGUAGCAAUAUGAGAACUCACACAUGAUCUUUUUUUGUAUAUGAACUUUCUAUAUACUGUAAAGCCUCCAAUGGUGUUGCACAGGGGUUUUUAAUAUCAGCGAUGAACAGUAGUGAUUAUUUGUUAGUGGUUAACAUCUCUAAAAAAGAAUAAACUCAUGAAAAUGUCACCUCAAAAUCAAAAGAAAUGACAUUUCUAGAAUUACUAUUACUAUUGUGUCAUUUAAAAAAAUUACUGUUCCUAAAAAUUGACACUUCUUGAAGCAAAAUAUAAUUUCUUGUCUAGGACAUGUUCUUGAUUCACGUUUUUUCACUUCUGCUUUUCUCUCCAGUCAUUGUUUUUAAAGGACAAUGGAAGUAUAUGUGAUUCUAACUAUAGCUGUGGGGAAUCUGUACUGAUACGUCCUCUCAUCUUCUCUGGUGUGACGAUUCUUGUUGGAGCAUAAUGUUCUGCCACUCAUGAAUAAUGCGAGUUUCCUUGAGAGAUCUUUGUUUAAGUGUGUGAAUUUCAAAGGAAAGUGUUUUAAUAAAUUAUACAUUUGAGAAACUUUA